GGUUGCUCACAGAUUCUCGACCACAUCAACUGCCACUGUGGUGGUACUGYUUUCAGAAUGUGCUUUUUCUGAAGAAACUUUAAAACUACAUAUUUUUAGAAGAUCAGGUUGGAGAAAACAAAUAGAUUGCUGCUCCAUCUCUCAAGGGACAAACCAUGGCAACAGUACCUUCCAUUGGAUGUCUUCUGGCCAAAAAUCAGUAUUACCGAAAGUMCAGUAUUUCUUCAGUUAGUUCCUUAACUAGCUCUGAUUCUGUUAAUUUAAUAGAAGAUGACAGAACUCUUCAAGGAUUACCCAAAAUGGCAGAAUCCACCUGGUGGUUUAAAUCUUUUUUCCAUUCUGAACCUGUGCUUUCAAAUGUGAGAAACAAAGUUUUAUCUUCUAGUGGUCGAUGCACAUCAUGGUGAUAACUAUYUUAUACAGCACUCACAGUUGAUUCUGACAAUCAAGAUCUCUACCUGCUGUGGUGCUACAGACGUGAACCCUUACGCUCAGCAUGCCAGCUAUUCCAGAUGAUUCUUCCCUAUUGUAAGAAGACAAAACCUACCUGAGAUCUCAUUUCUGAGGCAAUAUCACAGAAGCUGCUCAUAGCAGAAAUUUAGGCGUWUUCCUCAACACUAUCACAGCAAGUGGUCCCAGGGACAUGGA